CUUUUUCAUUUCGAAGUUCAUUCGCAAAGUGCUGGUACCAGCAUGGUUGAAAAACAAGGAACACAUAGAAAUAACCACCUGCAUACUCAUAAUCACUCCAGACUUGAUCCACGUGUUCUUUAAGUCGAAAUCUGACAAAAGUUUCUCCAUCAACAGAGAACCUAGAUGAGGAUCAAGCAUAUCGGCGACCAAAAGCAAACCUACUGCUUUUCCCAGUUAUUGAAGUUAUGGUUACUCUACAGUUGUCAUUUAAUCGUAGUACUAAGCCAAUGUGAAAAUGUAUUCGAAGGCACGUGUGUCUGGACGCAUAAUGAAAAAUCGGCCUUAAGAUGGCUGUUUAAGUCAGAUGGACAAGAACGGUAUGCAGAGUUAAGUAAAUGUGAGUAUCCUAAUUGCGGUACAGGAAUCCUGCAAAGUCCGUGGUUGCAGUCCAGAAAUGAAAACUCGUGGGUAUCUUUCCAGUACAAAAUCUACGGCACUUCAGAUGUUUAUUUGCGGCUUUACCUUGUACAAGAAGACAACACUCAGCAGAUGUUAUUCUCCAAGACUGGUGACUAUGCUUUUACUUUCCCAGAGACCUGGUCAUCCAAACCAGUGGCCUUGCCUCCUAUCCAUAAUAAGCACAAGCUCAUACUGAAGGCAUUUAUUCCAUACAAAGAAGCUUAUGUAGCUGUCAAAGAUAUCACUCUGGAUGGUAGCAUAAUCAUAACAAGCACAAAUCCCGCUACUGCAGAACCUGAAAUGGAAGAAACCACAGCAGCCCACGAUACAAACACUAUAGAAGAAGAUUAUACGGAUAACACAGAAAUUCCAGAGGAUGGCUAUGACUACAAAAAUGAAAUCGACCCGGAAGAGCAAGAGGAAGGAGAAGAUGAAGAAGAUCACUUCCAGCUUUUGGAAAUCAAUCAUUUUAUCGGAGAAGACGACUUAAAGAAAGGCUACACAACAGUUGUGGAGCCUGAUAUAUGUAGGUACAAAUGAAUUUAAUGGAAAGUGAAAAGUAUUUCCAAGUUUAAAAUUUGAGUUUUUGACUUUACAAAUAUGACUGCUUUGCACAGAAGUCCAUCACAAGUUCUGGAAGAACUGAUACUGUCUUUCAAAUAUAUAUUAUGUAUUCUUUAUAAAAAUAAUUUUCAAUGAACUGAAAAUAUAAAUAAAGAAAGUAAUGUACUUUUA